AUUUGUAAAUUCAUGCUAACAAUAGUAAAAAAGAAAAGGGUUUGGAAUUGCAUAAUAGUGUGACAUUUGUUUUACAAACUAUCUUUGUCUAUCAAAACUAUUUUUGAUUUAAUGCAUUUGCCGAAACAUGACCGAGUGAGCGCUCUUAGCAGCAAACUGUCUUUGACGUAUAUUCUUCCGGUAACCAUGUCAACAAGAAUUUAGGCAUUUAGGAGAAAGAAUGACGACAUGACUUCAUGACGUAGCUUUGUCUUUAUGAAGAUUGACUGAACUGGUCCAAAACUCCAGCAGUCCACAAACAGAACCGCUCCCACCCAAAGUCUGGAUCAACACAAUACGACAGAAUUUUUUCAUGCAAUUGCCACAGGUUGCAGUUGAUUAUGUUGCAACAGAGAAGAGGUGUCCACAACAAGUCUGGGAGCUUCAUGCCACACUGAGUCAAGAAUGGGUCACCCAUUUUGCUCAGGUGUCACUAAGAGGACUUUAAUAUCAUGCAGGAAUGUGUACACAAUGAUCUGUCUCAAAAGAGACCAAAGACUGGCACUUUGUCCGAACUCAUUCAGGCUUUAUACAUUUACUAGCAGUGCAAAUCUCUUUACAAGUUAUGCUUCAGUCUUCUUUAAAGAAAUUGCCAGGGAAGUAAGACAUUUCCGUUGUCUGUGUUUUUAUACAUGUACUAAUAAGGACUCAUUUAAAACCAAAGCUCCAAUUGGGAUUUUUAAUGCGCCCGCGCGCAAAAGUCACCCACUGUCCAGACACUUUAACAUUUGCCUUAAGAGAAGGCAUGCUGUUGGGUUUGGUGAAAAUGGCAGUUUUAUCAUAACUGUUCCUGAAUAUCAGUGCCAGUCACAAAAGCGCAGGUUUAGUCAGUGGUCAGCUGCGAAUCAAAAACAACCGGGAGGCAGCAGCCCAGCACAGUCUUCGAAAUCCAAAGAGAAACAGGAAAAACCAGAGACUGUUGCCUCCAGCGAUGACAAGUCUGGACUGGACAUCAGUUCUUUGACUGCAGUAUUUGGCGAGACCCUCAGUUACGUUGCCAAACAUAUCGGCUCAGUGUUCUCUGUGGAUGACACAGAUCAAAAGCAGGAACUGUCUGCUACCGGAGGAAAGACCCGGAGGGUGAAGAAGAAAAAAAUCCCAGACUCUAGUGAAAAGCCUGAAGUUAAACAACAUAAAGAACAGACAACGGUGGAACACCAAAACGUCGCCGACACCUCUGAGGACUCAUUCCUUCACAUUGCGGAACACAUCAAUAAGUACUUUGGCACCACUGAUGAUGUAGAUGAAGUUCACAGUGACAAAGAACUUCCUGCCUCAACAAAACCUACCUCAAAAGCUGCUAGCUUGAACGACAGCUAUUCUCAGACAUCAUCUUAUAUCAAUCAGUAUUUUAGAUCAAAAAGUGAACAGAAGGACCUUGGUCCAACUGUCAAAACAAAGAUAGACCCGGCAUCCUUAAAGAAUACAUCUUUGACGGACGUCUUUCGCCAUCCCUCUACUGCUAUUUCAGGUUUUCUGAGUUCGAUGUUUCAGGAGACUGAAGUCACAACUGAAGUGGCUUUACCAGAGAUCCUAAUAAAUAAUAGGUGUGUCUUGACCCGCAGACAAGCAGAGGAGACCACAUUUAGGUUAAUACUGAGACUAGAACAAGCCUCAACUCCAGACGUUAUGACUGCCUGCAUAGAAGUACUCAACGAACACCUUAUCCGCUUCCCAGCAUGCAAGUCUUUUAUCUGGCAGGGGAAAUGUAUAGUCAACCUGUUGAGACUGCGGCGAACUUACAAACACCAUCAAGGACUGCAGGCCUCUAUAAGAGAAGCCUUAGCUCUGAUUGGUUAUGUGGAUCCAGUCAAAGGUCAUGGCAUCAGAGUUCUCUCCAUCGAUGGUGGAGGCACAAGAGGUGUUGUACCUCUGCAGUUACUAAAGAUACUAGAAGAUGAGACCGGCAGAAAGAUUUACCAGCUGUUUGACUACAUCUGCGGAGUGAGCACAGGAGCCAUCUUAGCUUUCAUGUUGGGGCUGGGCCGUGUUUCUUUGGAGGAGUGUACUGAAAUGUACCGUCAAAUUGGAACCGAGGUUUUCAAGCAAAACCCGCUGGUUGGCACUGUGAACAUGGGAUGGAGUCACUCCUACUAUGAUACCGCAACCUGGGAGAGAAUACUACAGGAGACGAUGGGUUCUGAUCUGCUAAUUAAAACAUCCAGAAACAAGUGCACUCCAAAGGUUUCAGCUGUCAGUGCAGUUGUGAACUGGGGCACAGGCCCUAAGGCCUUUGUGUUUCGCAACUACAGCCACAAACCAGGCUGCCCUAGCCGCUUUUCAGGGGCGUCCGACCACAAGAUGUGGGAGGCAGUGCGUGCAUCAUCAGCCGCACCUGGAUACUUCCAGGAGUUUCUUUUGCAGAAUGACAUCCACCAGGACGGAGGAAUCAUCAUGAACAAUCCCUGCAACUUGGCGGUCCACGAGAGCCGGUUGAUGUGGCCCAACACACCCUUUCAGUGCGUGCUGUCCCUUGGCACCGGACGCUAUGACAAUGUCAAGAGGAGCCCUAGCACUUCCACGAGCCUUCGAGCCAAUAUCACUAACCUGAUCUUCAGCGCCACUGACACUGAAGGGGUCCACACCCUGUUGGGCGAUUUGCUGCCCCCAGAUGUCUACUUCCGCUUCAACCCCAUGAUGAAUGAUGAGGUGUCCUUGGACGAGAAUCAGCCCGAGGCACUGGAUAAGCUUGUGAUGGAAACCCAGGAAUACCUGGAGACAAAUCGGUCUAAAGUGGCUAAGCUGUGUUUAGUUCUAAACUCACAGCGCUCACCUGUCGACCAAGCCAAGGACUGGAUUAGUCAGAGGACUUGGGAAAUGAAGAAGAUGCUGAUGUGAUUUGGUGAGCUGAAGCUUUUCUACACAUCAAUUUGUGCAAUGCUGUGAAGCACAUUUACAAAUGCCACAGAAAAAUAGCAAAAGAACGUAUGGAAUAAAUAAAGAGAAUGAAUACAACAGA